AUGACCAUAUCAGACCCGCCGUCUGAGGGAUAUUUAACGCUGUGCGGUAUGAUAUGGACCGAGUCUGCGACUUGUGGGCUUGGCACGACGGCUCAGAGCUAUAACCACCCAUCCUUUGAUGAUUGGGCAACUGCGACGAUUCAACCCAUCAUUGCAUCAUGGGCAGAGAAUGAGCCAUCAGCGGCGCAAACAUGCGCCCAAGUUCGAAACGACAUCUCGAUCGAAGAGCUUGACGCCCAACCGAGACUACCCCCCGAUACGGUGCACUCAGCUGCUGCCAAGGCAGACGUACAGGAAGUGUCGAAAGAGCGGAAGGCAGCCCACCCAACGAGCCUCGGCAGGACAAAAGGGCGAAAGAACGGUGGUAAGAAACGCGGCCAGAACAGAAAACUGACUGAUCGAGAAAAGAAGGAGAACCACAUUCAAGGCGAGAAAAAACGUCGAGCAUUGAUUCAGCAAGGCUUUGAAGACCUUCGCCAAUUGGUACCUGAGUUGAGGACGGACAAGUAUAUCAAGAGUACAACGCUAUUCAUUGCGGCGGAUUGGUUGGAGGAUAUAAUUCAAGGCAACCGGGAACUGCGGGCACAGAUUGCCAUACUCAAAGGCGAGGAAUAG